ACUACUCUUUUCUCUCUCUCUCUGUCUACACAAUUUUCCUAGCUAUUCCCCUUUAUCUCAUCAAUCUCUAAGCAUAACGACCCUUCAAAAUUUUCCUCUUCAUCAUAUUUCUUGGGUGACCAAAAAAAUCUCUCCUCAAAGUUAUCUACCUUUUCACCUUCUUUUCUCUCAUCUGCAAGUCUCUGCUAUAUAUUUCCCUCCUCGGAUUUCUCCUCUACCCUUCUUUUUCUCAGUUUGGGAAAAAAGGGAUUUUGUUUCUCAGCCCCAUACAUGAUCAUAUCAUCAACUGUACUGUAUACUAAUCUAGUAACUCCAAGUUGAUCUCUCUCUCUCUCUCUCUCUUUUUUCUUUUUUUCUAAAAAAAAAAAUUAUUGAAUCCUUGUUAAAGUUUGAAGUCGGUUGAUUUGGAGUCCGAGUGUCAGUGGGAUCUGAAUCAUCAAUAGGAAGGGAAUGGCUGCACCGCCUAGCAGUCGGCUUCAGAGCAUGUUGCAGGCGGCGGUGCAAUCAGUUCAGUGGACAUACAGUCUCUUUUGGCAAAUUUGUCCUCAACAAGGGAUUUUGAUAUGGGCGGACGGGUACUAUAAUGGAGCAAUAAAGACUAGAAAGACUGUGCAACCAAUGGAGGUUAGCGCAGAGGAGGCGUCUCUACAAAGAAGCCAACAGCUCAGGGAGCUCUAUGAGUCAUUAUCUGCCGGAGAGACCAACCAACCCGCCCGCCGGCCUUCUGCCGCCUUGUCACCUGAGGAUUUAACGGAGACCGAGUGGUUCUACUUAAUGUGUGUGUCCUUCUCUUUCCCACCUGGAGUCGGGUUACCAGGAAAGGCAUAUUCAAGGCGGCAGCACGCAUGGCUUACCGGAGCCAACGAGGUCGACAGCAAAAUCUUUUCCAGAGCUAUUCUCGCAAAAAGUGCUCGUGUGCAGACUGUAGUAUGCAUUCCUCUUCUAGACGGUGUGGUGGAACUUGGCACCACAGAUAAGGUUCCAGAGGACUUGGCUUUUGUCCAACACAUAAAGACCUUUUUCAUGGAAAGCCACCGCCAAAACCCUCCCCCACCAAAACCAGCCCUCUCCGAACACUCCACCUCCAACCCCGCCACCUCCUCCGACCUCACUCGCUUCCACCCUCCAUCUGUUCCUGCAUUGUACACUGCAGCAGGCCCACCAGCCAAUGACAACCAAGAAGAUGAUGAAGACGAAGAAGAAGAUGAUGAUGAAGAAGAAGAAGAAGAAGAACCCGAGUCUGACUCCGUGGAAACAGGUAGAAACAGCCGCCAAGUUAGGGCGGAAAACACCCAAGCAGUGGUGGCAGCUGCAGCGGAGCCAAGUGAGUUAAUGCAGCUUGAAAUGUCUGAAGAUAUACGACUGGGGUCACCUGAUGAUGCGUCGAAUAAUUUGGACUCAAAUUUUCACAUGCUAACGGUGAACCAGUCCGAUAACCCGACCGAUCAGCAGCGGCAAGCUGACUCGUUCAGGGCAGAGUCGACUCGAAGGUGGUCAAUGUUACAGAAUCCCUUGGUCAGUAGCAGCCUCCAACCGCCUCCUUCAGUAGAUUCACAACUGGAUGAUUUAUCCCAAGAGGACACGCACUAUUCCCAGACGGUUUCAACCAUCCUGCAGAGACAGCCAACCCCAUACUGGGUUGACUCGUCACAGAGCGCCUACAUCACCUACUCUUCCCAAUCAGCGUUUGCCAAGUGGACUGUCCGCGCGGAUCACCACUCCCAUAUGCCCGCCGAAGGCACUUCCCAGUGGCUUCUCAAGUACGUUCUCUUCAGCGUCCCCUUUCUUCACAUCAAGAAUCGCGACGACAACUCCCCGAAAUCACGCGACGGUGACUCCUCCGCACGGUUCCGCAAGGGCACCCCGCAGGAGGAGCUCAGCGCCAAUCACGUGUUGGCGGAGCGCCGUCGCAGGGAGAAGCUGAAUGAGAGGUUCAUUAUUCUGAGAUCGCUGGUGCCGUUCGUCACCAAGAUGGACAAGGCCUCGAUUUUGGGAGACACAAUCGAAUACGUAAAGCAGUUGCGGAAGAAGAUCCAAGAUCUGGAGGCGCGUAACCGACAGAUGGAGGCGGAUCAGAAGUCAAAAACGAGCGAAUCGCUGCCAAGGACGAGUAGUUCGAAGGAGCUGAGGAGUGGAGUGACAGUGGGAGAGCGGGGACGAGCCCUUGUACUUGGAGCGGGGUCAGAUAAGAGGAAACUGAGGAUUGUGGAGGGGAGUGGUGGCGCGGCGAAACCGAAGACAGUGGAAUUGCCGGCGCCACCGACGGAGACGUCAGUGGAGGUGUCGAUAAUUGAAAGCGACGCGCUGUUGGAGCUUCAAUGCGGUUACAGGGAAGGAUUGUUACUGGAUAUCAUGCAGAUGUUGAGGGAUCUCCGGAUAGAGACGACGACGGUUCAGUCUUCUUUGAACAACGGGAUGUUCGUCUCGGAGCUGAGGGCAAAGGUAAAGGAGAUUGCGAAUGGGAAGAAACCAAGCAUUGUUGAAGUGAAGAGGGCAAUAAAUCAAAUAAUACCCAAUAACUAACUUGAAAUAUUUUGUAAAUUUUAGGGGGUGAGAAUUCAGAUUAACUUAAUACCUGACUUAGUUAUCCAUGGGGUUUGGAUAACAUUGUACAAAUGUUUUAGGUGUUUGGUUUUUGGAUUAAGUAGCCAUCUCAUCCCUAAUCUGUAAUCUAACGAGUAUGAACUUUUUAGUUCGGGACUAGCAGCUUCCAUUCCAACAAAAUUUUGAAGCCCUUUACAAAUCGGCUCAACUUUUUGUGGUUUGCAGGAAGCCCAUUUCAUUCGCUGUAAAGAGUUGCAAAUAAGAUUUGGAGCACAAA